AGAAGAACAAAACAACCUUCGCAUUCGUGUGCAACAAGAACUUGGCCAGCUCCGAAUCAGUACACUAACAAUUCACACGAAUUUCAAAUUUCCAAAUUCAUGGAGUUUUAUGCUGAAGAAGGAAAGAAUUUGAGCUCAAAUAACUCCACAUUAGUUCUGCCGGCGCUGUCCAUAGGGAAUGUAGGGCAAUUAGCGGUGGAUCUUCUAGUAGCUUCUUUAAGAGCGGAGAGAAUUGGUUGCUUGGACGAUCCAAAUGUUGUUCCCUGCGUUGGGAAUAAUGCCUAUUGGCCUUCUCCACCUGGUGAUCUGGCUCUUCCUCUUGAAGUAUAUGAAUCAUCUCCCGAUGGAUUGGCUCUUGUACAACAGAGAUCACCAGUUGUUAAGGGCAUGAUGAUUGAAUUUGCUAGGAACUUGGCAAAUUUUGCUGCGGUCAAUGGGAAGAAACACGUUAUUGUGCUCUCUAGCAUGGAGUUCGGGCGUUGGCAGAACAUUGAUAUGUCAAGUGGAUCGCAGAUUCAUUACCUUUCCAGUUCCAACUCAGAUGGAACGGACGAUCACUGUGAAAAACAGGGUUGGAAGAGAUUGCCAGAGUAUAAUCCUACACAGAGAAUGUGGAAGCAUUUAGACGAUUUAGCCCAAAAUAGUGCCUCAGAGGUAGAGGAAUUGCCUUUUGAAGAGCUGGGAGAUGAGGAUUACUAUGCCAGUUUGCCUUAUGCUGCAUUGUUCUCUUGUUUUAAGGCCAAAGGUGUGAAGGUCACUUGUCUACUCUGUUAUUGCUCGGAGGGGGACAACAUUCCCGAUGCUUUCCAUUUGGCUGAUGCAGUAUCAAAAGCUCUAGGGCUUAAACCUAAUAGUUCUCACGGUAAUGAAGGUGGAAGCUGGACUGUGCCGUUCUCGUGGAAGAGUGUGUAUGGUCCUCCACCAGAUAUGUCUCUUUUCUAGGCCACUUUGGAGCAGUUUUAAGUCUUCUGUCACAUCUUUCUCGGCCUUUUGACUAUGAUAAAGUGAAAUUUAUGUCUGCGAUUCACUUUGGCUUGUACAAGUUAGUUUGUAGUUUGUGAGUGUUAGCCCUUACAAUUUUAACUGAAAGAGUAGAUAAGUAAUUUGAACUCAGAAUCAUCAUUUGCAACAUUGCUGAUUCAGAAAAUUGCUGAAAUUAAGUAGGCAUUGCAUUGUAUAAUUUCUCUUUGAAGUUGAAACAAAGAGUACUUGGAAGUCAAAGUUAUGUCUCGACAUUUACUUGGAAAAUAGUGCUCCUUGUGUCCCAAUUUUAUUGUCUUCUUUGGACUGGUGGUGAAAUUUAAGAAAUAUAAGGAGACUUUUGAA